CGUCAGUCGGUCCUGUGCGUGCAGCCCGAGCAGAGCCCGCCGCAAUUCACAGUUGAAAGUUUCGAUUUCAAAAAAGGCGAAACGCCAAAGACCAGUCAGAGGCGUUGCCGCAGCAUCCGUGUCAGCAAGCAGAGGCUCUUUGGCAGCGAUUGACUUGGGCGCUAGGCACUUGACCGCCAAGCAAAUAGAAAACAAUUUGCCAGCCUCUCGCCAAGGCCGCGCUGCAGUUGGAAAUAAAUUGUAAUUAGAGAAGUGACCGAAAAGUUUGCUGGCACAGCUGCCAAGUGGAAAAUAAAAGCGAAGCGGGAUUCACCCGCUCACAAUUUAUUGCGUUUUUUUUUCGAUUCGUUUUGUUUUUAUUUUGGCAACCAGCAGACGCAUCAACGGAGCAAAAUGCCAGCGGGACGCGUGGCUGGCAAAGCCGGUUACUCCAAUCACUAUUAUAACGGGCGCUCGUAUGUGGGAAUUAACGAGGAAAUAAUGUGGGUCAGCAUUGGCAUGGGCGUGACCAUCGCCCUACUCAUUACAAUCGCCCUGUGCUACAUCGCGAGGGAGAAGUGCCAGAAACGUCAGCGCGAAUAUUACGUGACGGCAUAGUUAAUGUAUGCAGCUAGCC